AUCGCUAUAUAUAAAAAUCUCACUACUCUCUCCAUCUUUGCUUCAUUCAUUUGUUUCCCGUAGCUCCUACUCUGUUACUUUGUUAGGUCACCUGGCUCAUUUUGAUUGCCUUCACCACAAUUUUUCUUUGUUUUUUGAGGGUAGGGUGGAUAUGGAAGCUCAAGAGGAAUUUGAUCAUCAAGCCUUGAUCAUCAAAGGCAAGCGUACGAAGCGUCAAAGAUCAUUGUCCUCGUUCGGUGUCACUGUCACCGUGACUUCUAGCUCGUCGAGUGCUUGCGGCGGUGGACCGGCGGAGGAGUACAAUUCAAUAUCAUCACCGGUUACUUCCGGUGAGAGAACAGAGGAGGAGGAAGACAUGGCUAAUUGCUUGAUCAUGUUAGCACAAAGUGAUGGACCGAGGCGGAGCAAUAUUGGAGAGAGAUUCCAGAUGGUUACCGCGACUUCGAACAAGGGUGUAGCUUAUGCGUACGAGUGUAAAACUUGUAACCGAUCAUUCCCAUCGUUCCAAGCACUAGGAGGGCAUAGGGCAAGCCACAAGAAGCCCAAGGGAGCCAUGGCGGAUGACAAAAAACCGCCUGUUCCGGCAGUCAAAGAUCAUGUUAUCCAAGACGCUGAUCAAUUCAACGGAGAAAAUCAAGCUGUUGUUGCUUUACAAGUAGGUAACAACAACAGCAAGGGUAAUUGCCAUGGGAACAAGGGUUAUAAGAUUCACGAGUGUUCAAUCUGUGGCUCCGAAUUCUCGUCCGGUCAAGCCCUCGGAGGCCACAUGAGACGGCACAGGGCGGCGGCGGCAAGCAACCAAGCUGCCGUGAGUGUUGAAACUACUAGCAGUCCAAUGGAGUCCAGAAAUGGCGAUGGAAUCAAGCCUAGAAAUAUUCUACCACUGGAUCUUAAUCUUCCUGCACCAGAAGAUGAUCCACGUGAUUCCAAGUUCCAAUUUGGAGCAGCCCAACAAGCUAUUGUUUUCUCCACACCAGCUUUGGUAGAUUGCCAUUACUAAAUUACAAAAAAAAAAAACAAUGAAUCAAUGUGAA